AUGGUCAUGGACGACCAUGAACUCCUAGGGAAUAUCAGCUUCCCACUAAACAGCCUUGAUACCAGCGACCCCCUAUUCUAUAUUUGUUGGCGGCAGCAGUCUUGUUCAGGCUGCCUUUCCGGUCAUGAAUUAUGCAGUUGGUGUGCAAUUUCUUCGACAUGUGUGCCUAACUCAUCGCGGGCUCCGGUACUCGCGCCUAUUGGUUCGGCAUAUAUAUGCCCCCUUGGCAGCAAGGAAAGAUGGGAACUUCGGGCGCAGCCGUUUGGAUGCAAUGCCAGCACCUUGACGGUGUUAUCAGUAAUGGUUGCUGUGCUAGGGACACUGACUUUGGUCGGGAUGGGGUUACUAUUGGUAUGGUUUGUGCGCCGGGUCCAAGGCCGGUUGAAGGAGUCGGAGUAUGAAGGGCUUGGUCCUGCCAGGUGGCGAAAUUUUGGGGUUAUCUCAUCUUUUGUUAGUUUGUUCCCUAGUUGGAGCCGAAGUCGGCGGAGUGAAGUGGAUGACGAUGAAGAAAAUGCGGAGACAAGGCCGUUGUUGGAGUAG